AUGAGAGAAGCACUCGUUGUCAUAGGUAAAGUGUCAACUUACUUCUCGCUUUUCUAUCGCAGUGUUUUGACUGUUCAUGUUAGAGGAAGGGAGUUAGUUUCCAACUCCAUUGUUAAAGGUUGUGUUGAUGUUGUGGAUUUGGCUGAAUUGGACCAAUUGACUGAGAGUGUUUGUGGUGGGGUUCCUAUGAUCUGCAGGCCAUUCUUUGGUGAUCAAGGGGUGGCUGGAAGAUUGAUAGAAGAUGUUUGGGAGAUUGGGGUGGUAAUGGAAGGAAAGGUGUUCACAAAAAAUGGAUUGCUUAAAAGCUGGAAUCUGAUUCUGGUGCAGGAAGAGGGAAAGAAGAUUAGAGACAAUGCUCUUAAGGUGAAGCAGACUGUGCAAGAUGCAACUAGGCCUGAAGGACAAGCAGCACGGGAUUUGAAGACUUUGAUUGAAAUAAUUUCUACUACAUCUUAA